AUGGAUGGAGCAUUUGUGCGGUUUAUAGAGGAGUUGGCGACUGACUCGUUCUCAUCUUCAGUUUCAGUCCCACAUGAGGAACGGUCUUCACUGAUAGAGCCGGUAGUGGAGUUGUUGUUGUUCACGCGAAUAGAUCGGCCAUCUUUGAGAAACAAGGAGUUGAUUGAUGAGGCUAGAAGAACGGGUGCAGGGGCUGCAGCUGGUGGAGGUCCCUGUGCGGUAUUGUUUUGGCCACCUGCUGUUCCAUUAUUUUGUCCACGAGCGAAGAUGGCGAGAAGAGCGAGAGCCAUGAAGAGAAUGGUUGUCUUCUGGAUCAUGGUUUAUCCCAAGUCGGUGGAAGAAUUCAGUGGAACGAUGUAG